CCUCCUUCCCCUGCCUCCGGCUUUUGCCGCAAGAUAACGGAGACGACUUUGUGCCAAAGCGAAGACAGAUCUCAUGGCGGAAUCCACGACGAAAGACGUAGCCUUCCCUUAGGAUGAUUCUUGUUGGUGCUCUCCUCAUCGUCGUACGUUCUCCGGUGCUCCAGUGAUGGCGGAUGCUUGUUUUGUUUGCUUCUUUCCGUAGGGGUUUGAGGAGUUCCAGGAAUGGCGGAGGGCGGUGGCGGACGAGCCAAAGCUCGGUUCUUGCGCUGUCCCAACUGCGAUGCUCUCCUCCCGGAUCUCGGAAAUUUCACUGCCUGCCGUUGCGGUGCUUGUGGUUCUACUGUCCGAGCAAAGGGAGAUAAUUUGGCAAUAGAUUCUACGCCAGAGAGAUCUUAUAAUAGGGUCGAUCUGAGACCGUUAGCGAGUGAACCACAUGAUGGAAUUGGGAGGUACCGCCGAUCUUCGAAAGCUCGAUUUAGCGAUUCCACAUCCAGUGAAGAUGAGAUGGCCAAAGGAUCGAAAGAGGAGCGAGGAACGAAACCUGACAGGAACAGAGUACCGACAUUCUACCGAACGACACGAGAUCGGAUGAAGGCCACUCCAUCACCAAAUUACCUGGAAGAAGGGCGGUCUGGUUUGCAUGAUGGAUCUUAUACUGAUGACCGUUCCAAGAAGCAAGAUCAAUCUUGGAUUGAUGGAGUUGACCACCUGAGUCAGAACCCGAUCCAGCUUCUGAAGCAGCUUGAUGAAUUAAGAGAUCGGAUCGGUCGAUCAUGUGAGGUCACUGAGGAACCAAGGGAAAGGAUGCCAUUGAAGCUACGUGGGCUACAUGCACCUGAGAGAACUUAUGUUCCCGCUGCUCAGUACCCAGAGAGAUUAAGGAUCCGUAGACAACUCGAUGUAGAUCCUUUGGUCUAUAAUCAUCAUGAUGAAUUUGAUCAUGAGCCUGCCUGCUCUUGUACACACUGCUAUCACAAAUAUAGGUUGUUGCCAGAUAGGGUUGUCCCUCAUUCUGUCAGCUCCCAGAGCCGGAGAGGUAGUUAUCUUGUGCAGAAUCGUGGGUCCUAUCCUGUCAGGACACAGGAAUACAAUCAAAGAGUGCGAUCUCGAGAGCCACUUAUUCAGAAACAGGCCACAAUCUCCAAAAAGAAGGACAAGCAUCUUUGUCAACCUUUUGCUGGUGCUGCUCCUUUUGUAUUAUGCUCUAAUUGUUUUGAACUGCUGAGGCUACCUCAGAUAAUUCUACUCGUGUCAAAGAAAAUCUGCACGUUAUGCUGUGGAUCAUGCUCUGAGGUAAUGUCCUUAGAGCUUAUCGGAAAGAGGCUUGUUGCUUCUGCCACUCCACCAUCCACAGCUCAAGCUGAAACCAAAUGCAGUUCUCCUGUCGAAGUGAAACAAAUUAAGCAAUCUAAAGCCCAUAUUAUUGGAGAAUCAGAUACUUCUUACCAUGAAGCUGAUGAUGGCCCAUGCAAACUUAUGCAGUCGACAGAUGACAACCCUCCCAUAUCUAGUCAGGGACUGACGGAAAGAGAAUGUGUGUCACACUUGAGUGACGCAGAGAAAACAAAGAGACCUUCAAUGUCUUCCAAUACGUCUGAUAACGUGGAAAGCCCAGAUAGUGCAACAUAUCAGAGAGCUACACCCAGCACAACAGAACUUCCAUUUCAUGCAGAAGUCUUUUCAGAUGCUGCAGGUUCACCAGCUCAGGAUCAUCUUGGACACCCAUCAUCCAGUCAAGUAAUGGAUGGUUCCAGAAAUGGAGGCAUGAAUGAAUAUUCUGAUCAGGAAACAGUAGUUUCCUACACUGACAAGUUUCGGCACAACUCUGCAAAAAAUGAAGUGGUUACUGAGAUUGAUGUGUCAGGGCAUGAAUAUCCCAGUUCUAGUUUUUCUGGGGAUUACCAGGAGAAAGAGAAAUAUGAAAAUCAAGCUGGGAUUGGCAUAAGUGAUGAUUCAUUAGUUUUUAGUCAGCUAGUGCAAGAUGAAAGAUCUGAAGUUUCAGUCAAUGGUCACCCUAUUGUUGAUCACUUGGUUAGGAAGGCUGAAAAACAAGCUGGACGCAUUUAUCCGGGAGAGUAUUGGUAUGAUCAUCGUGCUGGAUUUUGGGGUGUCAUGGGGCAGCCAUGUCUUGGGAUAAUUCCGCCAUUUAUACAAGAAUUUAAUUAUCCUAUAUCCAAGAAUUGUGCUGGUGGGAAUACUGGGGUUCUUGUUAAUGGAAGAGAGCUACAUCAUAAAGACCUAGCUUUGUUGGUUCGACGAGGACUCCCAACUACAGCUGGUCGAUCUUAUGUUCUUGAGUUUUCAGGGAAUGUUUUUGAUGAAGUCUCAGGUGAAGAGCUGGGUAAUCUUGGGAAGCUCGCACCAACAGUUGAGAAAAUGAGACGGGGAUUUGGUAUGAAGGUUCUGAGGUGAUUAACAAGCUAGUGGCAUUCAUUUGUUGCUUCAAUUACUUGGAACACUUGUAAAUGUGAGCAAGCUCCAUAAACUGUUGAAUGACAAAAAUAUAGAGGUAAUUCUUUAGUAGAUAUCGUUACAUGAUUUUUCGGUUCAUGUUUUCUCCAUUGCACUUUUUCAUGAUGGACAUAAUGUCAUUGGCGGUUGUUUCUUUUUUGUAACUCUCAUGUUUUGAUCAUUCCUAGGUACUCCAUUUUCAUUCUCUAAUAUUGAAAUACAUAAUGACAUUACAGCAUCAAUCUUCAUCCUUCACUAUUGUUUUGAUUUGGCAGGAACAAUAUAUUCUUAGAAUUUGGAUCAAAAUAACACCUCCAAAUACGGUACAUGUUUUGCAAAGAAACACAGUGCUAAAUACAUGGUACAAAAUAAAAAAUUAUUAUUGUAGAACCAAACCUUAUCUUUAUGAUUCAUUAGUUUGCCUUGGUGUUGGAAGGGUUCUAACAAAAAACAUGUCGCCCUGAUGAAUGUUUCUUGUGUCGACAGUAUAUGUUUGGAUUUGUUGUAAUUGUUUGCCUUGCAAUUAGAUUACACUACCUGCAAUCUUCAAUAAUGCAUGCUUUGAUUAGCUGGAAUACUGCCUCUAUAGAUUGCCUUCAUUGAGCAGAUAAACACGUUGCUUAAGCCAUGAUCUAUAGAUCUCCGCAUUACAAGAGCACACCAGUUGGAUUUUGUUUUUGUGUAUAUAUAUGAAGAUAACCUAACACAUGAUCUAAGUCACAAAAAUAUUAUACAUAAAAUAAAUCCUUAUAAAGCAAAAAAAGAAUAUCUUCGUGACUUUGUGCACUCCAGCAACUUUCUGUGAACAUGGACUGUUAGGUUUUGAAAGAUUGGUGUGUGUCGAUGUCUACUUCCAGUGUUGCUACUUGUCAAUAUCCAUGCUUAUAACUUUCACUGCUUGUAGGCACCAAAACCAUCCAAAACUUUUGGUGGUAGGAGUCUAUGACAUGUAGUUGCUGUGGCCUCACUCACCUUCAUAAAUCUUAUCAAGAGUUUGAUCACUCAUGCAAUUCCUUAUUGCAAUUUCUUCAUGCAAAAUGGAUUAAAAUUUGCCAAAUGCAAGCAUUAUUCAUUGAUAAUUCUGUGUACAUAUGAUCCUAACAUUAGCUGCCAAGCAGUCUGUCAGAGAAAGACGCUUGAUAGAUGAGGAAGAGGACAGUGAAAUUGCAGGGGAUUUGUUCAGCUUCCAGCUAAACCAUCACUUGGCCCGGUGGGGAACACCAGUCGUGCUCAUUCCUCCUCUCCAGGCUUGGAUUCAUCUGAGUGUUGUUUCAUGAGAAGAAGCUGGAGAAGUCCGAUUCGAAGUCUAGCUCUUCGAGCAUUAAAUCCAUGUCCGCAGCAGCAGGUGAAUCUGAAGCUGAAUUAGCUCCUGUGAUGCCAGACUCAGGGCUCCGAAGCUUGAUUCCUCCUCCUUUCAAGCUGUAUGGCGAGAACGAGAAGUAGGUCGAGUCUGAUGUUGGGGAGAGGAAGGCAGGCGAGGCUCUGCUAAUGAAGCCACUGUCGGUCGUCGUGGAAGGCGACGCGAAGGAGAAGGAAAGCGAGUUCUGGCCAUGGCCGCCCAACUCCAAGUCUUCCGUCUUCACUCGGAGCCCCGUUUGGAAUCUCAAAAGCAAGUCUUGGUUCUGCUGCUGCCGAUCCACGGGCUCCUUCUCUUCCUGCUGUUGCUGCUCCUGCGACAGCCAUGCUGAUGCUGAUGCUGGUGCCGCAGGGCUCUUCGGAAGGCAGGUGUGCGCCCCAUGAUAGGUCACAUGAAACAGCAGCGGGUCCUCGUCUGAUCGCUGCACUUGCUUCGUCGCCGGGCAACCCUGCAUGAUGCGAUGUGUGCACCUGUAGUAGCCUCUGUAACAAGAAACAUUUCGACCUUCCAUCAGUAUGUGAAUCUUCGGAUCAGCACGAGCUGAUACGAAGAACAGCUGCUGACCUUGGAUGUUUGGACCCGAGGAUAUCCUUUUGGCCGUACUUCCUCCA